UCUAAAUCUACCACGAUGCCAGUCACUGACGCAGCGGCAUUCAAGGAUCCAUCUGACAAAAGACUAGAAGGUUUUUUAAGGGCAAUAUAUUCCUCAGCAGGAUCUACACUGCGGCCCUGUUUGGCUUUAGCAUGGGUCUCAAGAGCCAUUCAGGCUUGGUCCGAGUCACUCGUCAAGGACAUUCAGGGUGGUGUUCCCCGAACUGAUCUUCUGUCCUCUGCACAAGCAAUUGCGGAAGCAUCAAGCUAUCUUUGUGAUACUUCCUUGGAUGCCUCACAGCUUACUUCACGUACUUCGGCUCUGUCAAUAGCAGCACGCAGAACGCUUUGGCUGAAGAAUUGGUCAGCGGACAUUAGUUCCAAGAAGUCCUUAACUUCUCUUCCGUACAAGGGCCAACGAUUAUUUGGCGAGGAACUCGAGAAGAUUAUCUCACAAGCGACAGGUGGUAAGAGCACCUUCCUUCCACAAGCCAGAAGUAGAGCAUCAUCAGCCAACAGACGGGGAAAAAAAAUUUUCGUGGCCAGAGUGGCCGGUUCGCGCGGCGGGGUAGUCCGCCACAAAGAUCCCACUUUCGCUCCAAAACCAACGACAAGAACCGCCCCCCGUGGAAGAGUAAUCGACCUCACAACAAACCAUCAGCUGAUAAGCCCACGUCGGCAUGACGGGGCAAUCCCUCCGGAAUCGUUGGAACAGAUCGGCGGAAAAUUACUACGAUUCCGGGAGGAAUGGAUCCGUCACUCUUCAGAUGCCUGGGUCAAGGAGAUCGUCUCUGGGGGCUACCAUCUCGACCUGGCGGCACAGCCUCCCAGGAGAUUCAUUAUGUCCAGGGUACCCUCCAAUCCCUUAAAACAAGGACCUUUUCUGGAGUGCAUAGACAAGAUGGAGAGAUCGGGGGUUAUCACACCAGUACCUCAGCCGGAGAGAUUCUCCGGGUUCUACUCCAACCUUUUUACAGUCCCAAAGAAGGACGGCACGGUCAGACCUGUUCUCGACCUCAAGCGACUGAACAAGUACAUCCGUUCUGUGCGCUUCAAAAUGGAGACUUUGAGAUCAGUAAUUCGGGGCAUGGAACAGGGUCAACUAAUGAUGUCCCUGGACAUAAGGGAUGCCUACCUCCAUGUUCCCAUUUGGCCUCCUCAUCAUCGCUACCUCCGUUUUGCAUUUCAAAACAGACAUUACCAAUUUGUGGCACUACCGUUUGGCCUGUCCUCGGCCCCGCGGGUCUUCACCAAACUAAUGGCAGUGUCGGCAGCCACCCUGAGACUGCAAGGGAUUUCGGUGACACCUUAUCUCGACGACCUACUUAUCAAAGCCCGGUCAGUAGAGAAGGCCAGGGUGGAUCUCCAAAGGGCGAUUUCACUUCUCCAGAGCUUCGGCUGGACCAUCAAUUGGUCCAAAUCCAAUAUGACUCCGAGCCAUCACAUGACCUUUCUCGGGCUGGAAUUCAACACCCUCACGCAGACCGUGAGUCUACCUCUGGUCAAACAGAACAGAAUCAGGGGUCAGGUACAGUCUCUGAUAGACAGCCCGGUAUCCACAGUACACAGAGCAAUGCAAGUCCUCGGAUCGAUGGUAUCAGCCAUCGAGGCUGUUCCCUUCGCACAGAUACAUCUUCGUCCUCUUCAGUCCAGCAUUCUUGCCACCUGGAAGGGGGGAUCGUUGAACCAACCUGUCCGGUUAUCUCCGGCGACGAAAGAAGCUCUACGGUGGUGGCUGUCCCCCGAGAACCUAGCAGUAGGACAAUCUUGGGCGACGCCAGAUUGGAGGGUGAUGGCCACGGAUGCCAGCCUUCAGGGCUGGGGAGCAACUUGGGAGAACCACUCUGCGCAGGGCCGCUGGUCUCCCGCGGAGUCCAGACUUCCUAUCAACAUUCUGGAACUCAGGGCAGUGAAGUUGGCACUCAGUCAGUGGAGUCACCUCCUUCGGCUACAGUCAGUCCGCAUCCAAAGCGACAACGUCACCACGGUGGCCUACAUCAACAGACAGGGAGGGACUCGGAGCCAAAAAGCUCUGGCAGAAGCCAGAGAGAUUCUGCAGUGGGCAGAGCAGAACUCUGUCAGACUAUCAGCCAUUCACAUACCAGGCGUGGCCAAUACAAAGGCGGACUUACUCAGUCGAAAUCAACUCGAUCCCGGGGAGUGGGAGCUUCACCCGGAGGCUUUCGAUCAACUAGUGUCAAUCUGGGGAAGACCAAGCAUAGAUCUCAUGGCGUCGAGGCGAAAUCGAAAAGUCUCAACCUUCUUUGCACGAUACCGAGACCCUCUAGCGGCAGGGGUAGAUGCCAUGACACAACACUGGCAGUUCAAGCUGGCUUAUGUCUUCCCUCCACUUCCAAUGCUCCCUCGGGUGCUCAAGAAGCUCAAGCAGUCCAGAGCCACAGUAAUCGUAGUAGCUCCCUUCUGGCCGCGAAGAACCUGGUUCUCCGAUCUUCAAGAACUGUCCGUGGCUCCACCGGUCCGGCUGGACGGCAGGCCAGACCUUCUGCAGCAAGGGCCCAUAGCUCAUCACAAUCCCGGUCUGUUUGCUUUGACGGGCUGGCUGUUGAAGCAUCCAUCUGGCGAAAUCAGGGAUUGACGGAAGGGGUUAUUGCUACUAUGCUCAAAGCUCGAAAACCAUCGUCUUCCAAGUCGUACCAUAGAGUUUGGCACUCCUACCUCGAGUGGUGCAAUGAGUCAGAAUUUUCGUUCAUGGA